GGAGCCAGAGCGCGACCCGGUUUUUUGCGGCUCAGCCUCCCUGGAGACCAGAGAACCUACCCUGACCAUGAAGGGUCGCAAAGGCAUUGAUAACCCGGCUUUCGUCAACUCCAGCCCAGACACCCCGCGCCGUUUCUCUGCAUCGCCCUCUUCCGUCGAGGUCUCUGCCUCGCCCGCCGAUACCCAGAGAGAGGAUUCGCAGCCACACGAGCCUCAGGAGCCCCCAGAGUCAGGGGAGCCACCUCUGCCUGCAGCAACAGCCCCUGGCUCCCGAGAGCGAUCCGGCCCAGAGUCGCUGCCGGAGUUUGAGGAGGGUCCCUGCGGGUGGGGGAACAUCCAACCCCAGUGUCUCCAGCUCUGCAACACGCCGCAGGGGUUCCUGGUGCACUACUGCCUCUUGGCACUCACGCAAGGUGUUGUAGUAAAUGGCCUAAUAAAUAUUAGCAUUUCCACUAUUGAGAAGCGCUAUGAAAUGAAGAGUUCCCUGACGGGCCUGAUAUCAUCAAGCUAUGAUAUCUCAUUCUGUUUGUUGUCUUUAUUUGUAUCAUACAUUGGUGAAAGAGGACACAAACCAAGAUGGCUUGCAUUUGCGUCCUUUUUCAUAGGACUGGGAGCACUUGUAUUCUCAUUGCCAAAAUUUUUUAGUGGAAAAUACGAAUUGGGGUCCCCUUUUGAAGAUACUUGCUUCACAACACAGAAUACAACCAGUUGUACUUCUUCAAGUUCUUCACUUUCUAAUUACUUGUAUGUCUUCAUCUUGGGACAACUAUUGCUGGGAGCAGGAGGAACUCCUCUCUAUAUCCUGGGAACAGCCUUUAUUGAUGAUUCUGUGCCCACACAUAAAUCUUCUCUCUACAUAGGAAUUGGUUAUGCUGUGUCAGUGUUAGGCCCUGCUGUUGGCUAUUUGUUGGGAGGACAGCUGUUAACCAUGUACAUUGAUGUUGGUUUGGGGCAAAGCACUGAUAUCACUGAGGAGGACCCGCGAUGGCUGGGGGCAUGGUGGAUCGGAUUUAUUCUGACUUGGCUCAUUGCUUGGUCUUUGAUAAUACCUUUUUCCUGCUUUCCAAAACAUUUACCAGGUACAGCAAAAAUUCAAGAAGGAAAAACUUCCCAGACUCAUCAGAAUAAUAGUUCCUUACAGUACACAGAUGAGAAUUUUGGAAAAAGUUUUAAAGAUUUUCCAGCAGCUCUAAAGAAUUUGAUGAGGAAUACUGUCUUUAUGUGUUUAGUUGUAUCAACUUCUUCAGAAGCCUUAGUUACUACUGGGUUUGCUACAUUUUUACCUAAAUUUAUAGAAAAUCAGUUUGGAUUGUCAUCCAGUUUUGCAGCUAUCCUUGGAGGGGCUGUUUUAAUUCCUGGAGCUGCUUUUGGUCAGGUUUUAGGUGGUGUCCUUGUUUCGAAAUUCAAAAUGACAUGUAAAAACACAAUGAAGUUUGCUUGGCUCGCAUCUUUAAUUGCACUUAUGCUGUGUUUUGUAUUUGUUUAUGCCAACUGUGAAAAUGAGCCAUUUGCUGGUGUGUCUGAAGCAUAUAAUGGGACAGGAGACCUGGGAAACUUGACGACUUCUUGUAAUGCCAAUUGUAACUGCAUACGAUCAUAUUAUUAUCCGGUCUGUGGAAGAGAUGGAGUCCAAUAUUUUUCUCCCUGCUUUGCAGGUUGUAAAAGUUCUGCUUCAGAAAUACGGCCAAAGAUAUAUUACAACUGUUCCUGUAUUGGAAUGAAAACAGAAAUAACACCUACUGCAGCAAGUUUUGGGUUUGAAGCUAAAGCUGGAAAAUGUGAAACUCGAUGUACACAUUUGCCCAUGUUCCUUGCCAUUUUCUUUGCUGCAAUUGUUUUUACCUUUAUGGCUGGUACUCCUAUAACUGUGUCCAUUCUAAGGUGUGUUAACCAAAAGCAACGUUCUCUAGCAUUGGGAAUACAGUUUAUGAUGCUUCGAUUAUUAGGCUCAAUACCUGGACCAAUUAUUUUUGGUGUCACAAUAGACAGCACAUGUAUUCUCUGGGAUAUUAAUGAAUGUGGAAUUAAAGGAGCUUGCUGGACUUAUGAUAACAUCAAGAUGGCCUAUAUGCUAGUGGCUAUAAGUGUUACAUGUAAAAUUAUCACCAUUUGCUUCAAUGGACUUGCAAUCUUUUUGUAUAAACCACCACCAUUAGACACAGAUGUGUCAUUUCAAAAUUCGAAUGCCACUGUGACUGCUAUUUCAGCAGAAUGCGACCUUAACAAAGCAGGAAAUGAAGGGUGAAAUAGAAAGAGGAGACUGUUUUACAGUUGGAAAAUUGGCAUCCAUUUGUAACAACGCAUAUUGUCAUUGCAGCAUUAUCUACCAAAUAUGGACAAUCACUUUAAAAAUUGAUAUUUUGUAAUUAAGUCUGUUUUCUGUAUAUUUUUUAACUCUUACUUGUUUUUAUUUAAAUGCAAGAAACACACCUGUGCCUUUCAAGCCCACCAGUAGCCUCAAAACAUGCACACACACAUUUCCCAUUGUCUAGAUAUGAUAUCCCCAACUAGUAAACUAAAUUAGAAAAAAAGCGCUAAAUUAAAAUUUUACAUUUUAAAAACAGUGAUAU